CCCAGGGGGGCUCCGGUGCCGAGCGCGCGCCGCGCCCUCCCCCUCCGGCCAAGACUCCGCAGGAGCGCGGAGAGGGGGGGCGCUGCGGAGCCGGGGGGCGGGGGCUAAAAAUACCCGGCGGCGGCGGCGGCGGCAGCGAGGCGACUGCUGGGGCUGCGGGGCUGCGGGCCGACGAGGCCGAGCGGGGCCAGGCCGGGCCCCGCUGACCGACAUGCUGACUUUCUUCCUCGUCUCCGGGGGCUCCCUCUGGCUUUUUGCGGAGUUCAUCCUUUCGCUUCUGGAGAAGAUGCAGACACAGGAGAUACUGAGGUUGCUGCGGCUACCCGAGCUGGGCGACUUGGGCCAGUUUUUCCGCAGCCUCUCAGCCACCACCCUUGUGAGUAUGGGCGCGCUGGCUGCCAUCCUUGCCUACUGGUUCACUCACCGGCCAAAGGCCUUACAACCACCGUGCAACCUCCUGAUGCAGUCGGAGGAAGUGGAGGACAGCGGAGGGGCCCGGCGAUCUGUGAUCGGAGACGGCCCUCAGCUGCUCACGCACUAUUACGACGAUGCCAGGACCAUGUACGAGGUGUUCCACCGCGGGCUUAGCAUCUCAGGGAAUGGACCCUGUCUUGGCUUCAGGAAGCCCAAGCAACCUUAUCAGUGGCUGUCCUAUCAGGAGGUGGCCGACAGGGCUGAAUAUCUAGGGUCUGGACUUCUGCAACACAAUUGUAAAGCAUGUACAGAUCAGUUUAUUGGCGUUUUUGCGCAAAAUCGACCAGAGUGGAUCAUCGCAGAGCUUGCCUGCUACACGUAUUCUAUGGUGGUGGUCCCACUCUAUGACACCCUGGGUCCUGGUGCUAUCCGCUACAUCAUCAACACAGCGGACAUCAGCACCGUGGUGGUGGAUAAACCUCAGAAGGCUGUGCUUCUGCUAGAACACGUGGAAAGGAAGGAGACUCCAGGGCUGAAGCUCAUCAUCGUCAUGGAACCGUUCGAGGAAGCUCUGAAAGACCGAGGGCAGGAGUGUGGGGUGGUCAUUAAGUCGAUGCAGGCCGUGGAGGAGUGUGGCCAACAGAAUCAUCACGUCCCUGUGCCUCCGAAGCCCAGCGACCUCUCCAUUGUGUGUUUCACAAGCGGCACAACAGGGAACCCAAAAGGUGCAAUGCUCACCCAUGGGAACGUGGUGGCUGACUUCUCAGGCUUUCUGAAAGUGACAGAGAGUCAGUGGGCUCCCACUUGUGCGGAUGUGCACAUUUCCUAUUUGCCUUUAGCACACAUGUUUGAGAGAAUGGUGCAGUCUGUCGUCUACUGCCAUGGCGGACGUGUAGGCUUCUUCCAGGGAGACAUCCGUCUCCUCUCAGAUGACAUGAAGGCUCUGUGCCCCACCAUCUUCCCUGUGGUUCCUCGAUUGCUGAACCGGAUGUAUGACAAGAUCUUCAGCCAAGCAGACACACCAUUAAAACGCUGGCUCCUCGAGUUCGCAGCAAAGCGGAAACAGGCUGAGGUCCGGAAGGGAAUCAUCAGGAAUGAUAGCAUCUGGGAUGAACUCUUCUUUAAUAAGAUUCAGGCCAAUCUUGGUGGGUGUGUGCGGAUGAUUGUUACUGGAGCAGCCCCUGCAUCACCAGCAGUCCUGGGAUUCCUUCGGGCGGCCCUAGGAUGCCAGGUUUAUGAGGGCUAUGGCCAAACUGAGUGCACGGCUGGAUGUACCUUCACCACGCCCGGGGACUGGACCUCAGGGCACGUAGGGGCACCUCUGCCCUGCAAUCAUAUCAAGCUCAUCGAUGUCGAGGAACUGAACUAUUGGACCUACAAAGGAGAGGGAGAGAUAUGUGUGAGAGGACCAAAUGUGUUCAAAGGUUACUUGAAAGAUCCAGACAGGACAAAGGAGGCCCUGGACAGUGACGGCUGGCUUCACACUGGGGACAUUGGGAAAUGGCUGCCGGCAGGAACUCUUAAAAUUAUUGAUCGGAAAAAGCACAUAUUUAAACUUGCUCAGGGAGAAUAUAUUGCACCCGAGAAGAUUGAGAACAUCUAUAUCCGGAGUGAGCCUGUGGCACAAAUAUUUGUCCAUGGGGACAGCUUAAAGGCCUAUUUGGUGGGCAUUGUUGUGCCUGACCCUGAAGUCAUGCCCUCUUGGGCUCAGAAGAGAGGAAUUGAAGGGUCAUAUGCAGAGCUCUGUGCAAAUAAGGAGCUGAAAAAAACCAUUUUGGAAGAUAUGGUGAGGUUAGGAAAAGAGAGUGGACUCCAUUCUUUUGAACAGGUUAAAGCCAUUCACAUCCACUCUGACAUGUUCUCAGUUCAGAAUGGCUUGCUGACGCCAACAUUAAAGGCUAAGAGACCUGAGCUGAGAGAGUACUUCAAAAAACAAAUAGAAGAGCUUUACUCAAUCUCCAUGUGAAGUUCAAGGAAAGUUCUUCUCAGUUUAAUGGACUGUGUAGCAAUAUUAUAGUUACUCUUGAAAGUAAUGAAUCAGAAUGAUGCAGCUGAAAAUGAAUAAGCACGUGAUCUUAUGACUGAGCCUUUUCCUGUCCCAAGAAGUCUUUAACAAUAUUUUCUCUAUCAUCACUGAGUACACUUUAUUUUUAUUAAAAUGAUAUUGUAACAAGCUGCUAAAAAAUAUCACAAAUGGCAAUGUAAAAAUCAAGACUUUUCUCAAGGACUGUGUACCACUAAAAGUAAUAUAUUCUCAAUGUUUGCAGAACUCUUAUUAAACAUAAAGGAAAAACAUAACUGA